UAAUUGAUAAUGGGUAUUUCCUGGCGCAGCCGCAGCUGGUCACACUUACGCGUAAACAAACAACGAAAAAAGAAUGUUCCAAUAAAGAAUUACGAACUAAAUUAAAAUCGCACCUAUAACGAUCAUAAAUAAUACUCUCGCCAGCGGAAGAUCAUAGUUUGCGGGUGGAAAGUGCGAAAAUAGCCCAGUUUAUGUGCAAUAUAACAAUGGAAUUUUCCGCUGCUGGCUCCAAAGCACCGAAAAAUUGAAUAAAAAAACCCGUUCACCAAAAAAAAAAAAAAGGGCGGGGGGGCCCGUGAGGGAGGCCAGCGCCAACACAGAGGGGCACGAGAAGGCGAACGGAGUGGGAGAAGGAGAAGCGAUAACAAGAACGACGCAAAGGUAGUUAACGAGCGUUGACAAGGGAGCGAAAGAGAGGUGGCUAAGCGAGCGUGCAGAUUCCAACGCAGAGAUCUGCAUACUGCUGGGACGCACCACGAUGCCACGCCCCCCACAACACGGAAGCGACCAUAAGUCGCACCUGCCCGUCGCACUCCUGUUGAUGGUGGUGCCCAUUUUGGUCAGCGGAUCGCAUCCCAGUUCCAGUUCUCCGCCCGAAAUACAACCAUUCCGCCAAUGCGAGACCAUUCGGAUCGAGAUGUGCCGGAAUAUCGGCUACAACGAGACCUCCAUGCCCAACCUGGUGGGCCACGACAUGCAGACGGACGUGGAUGUGACCCUGCAGAGCUUCACCCCGCUGAUCGUGUACGACUGCAGCUCCCAGCUGAAGCUCUUCCUCUGCGCCGCCUACUUGCCCAUGUGCACGCCCAAGGCGCCCGUCCACGCCAUCGGUCCCUGCCGCAGCCUCUGCGAGUCCGUCCAGAUCCGCUGCCAUCCUGUGAUGCAGGGCUUCGGCUAUCCCUGGCCACCGGCCCUCGACUGCAAGCGCUUCCCCAAGGAGAACAACCACGAGACCAUGUGCAUGGAGGGCCCCGGUGAGAUGCACCAGCCGCAGCAGGAGCAGGAUCCACCCGGAGGCGGGAUGGGCAUGGGAAUGGGCGAUUGCUCCGGCCUGGCCAAGUCCCAUUUGUACGUGAAACUGCCUCGGUCCGGCCGUUGUGCUCCGCUCUGCGACGCGGACAUCCUCUUCACCCCAUCGGAGAAGCACCUGGCCGAGAUUUGGGUCUCCACCUGGGCGUACGCUGCCCUUGGCCUGGCCCUGGUCUCCACCGUCUGUCUCCUGGCCAGCGACGGCACUCGGUGGUCUCGCUUGCUCUCGCCGCUCAUCUGGUGCCACAACAUGGUCACCCUCGGCUGGACGGUGCGUUUUGUAGUGGGCAGGACGGCCACGGCCUGCGGCACGGAUCCCCAGGCGCCCAACGACUCCCUGCUGACGGUUGAUGGACUCUCGAACGCCUCCUGCGCGAGUGUCUUCCUCAUGCGCUACUACUUCGGCAUGGCGGCCUGUGCCUGGUGGGCAGUGCUCUGUUUGGGCUGGCACCGCGACAUCCGCCGGCACAGUCCCGACUCCAAGGGCCAUGUGGCCAUACCCUCGCCCGCCAAGAGGACCAGCGCCGCCAAGAACGCCCAGCAGGAGCUGGCGCAGAACAACUUUGUGUGCUUCGUGGCCUGGGGACUGCCGGCCUUCCAAACGGCCGCUGUGUUGGUCUUCCGUUACGUGGACGCUGAUGAGUUGCUGGGUGCCUGUUUUGUGGGAAACCAGUCGGACAAGGCCCUGCAGGUGCUGGUGGCCACGCCGGUCUUCUGCUACUGGAUCUUUGGCUCGAUGAACCUCAUAUCCGGCUACCUGGUCCACUGCCGCACCAAGGAGAUACUGAGGAGCAGCAACACGCUGACCCUCCAGCAGCAACUUCAGCAUCUGAGUGCCCACAGCAGCUCCGGCAUUGGGAUCUUCCUGUUCAUUUACGGACUGGCCUGCGCGCUCCUCCUGUUGGCCGUCAUCUACGAGUUUGCCAACAUCGAUGUCUGGCUGGGAUCGGGUGACGCCGGUGGCACACCGCUGUGGCCGUUUUUGGUGCGCGCUUUCAUGGAACUGAUGCUGGGCAUUUGCUGCUUCGCUUGGGUCCUGGGGCCCAGUAUCUCGACGCUGUACAAGCGCCAGGUGGGCAACGGCCGGACGAAGCCAGGCUCGGCCAUGGGAGCCACUAGCUCCGUGGGCGGAGCCCUAGAUGGCCAGAGCAGCUCGCGAGGAUCGCACGCAGCCUGCAACAGCACAGUGGUGUCGUACCACUCGGUGCGUCCCUCGAUGGCCAGUGCUCCCCUGCUGCCGAGUCCCUACAAGCUGAAGAGUUCCCCGGGAGCCGGAUCCAUCUCGCUGAAUCAGAUGUCCAACUACUCCCUGGGCCGGAGCACCCACCACCACAACCAGCCACAGCAGCAGCAGCAGCAUCUCCAUCUGCCCAACCCGUAUCACACCCAGCCGCACCACCACCAUCACCACCAGCACCACCCGCAUCACCAGCAUCACCAACACCAGUCGUCGUCCUCGCACCGCCUGUACUAUCCGCCCGGUAGCUACAGCUCCCAGAAGUAUUACCCCCACUUGCAGCACUACGGCGACGAGACGCUGCUCUAGGUAGGGCCAUUUCCAAGCCGGAGCUCCCCAGCUCCCGCCAGUCAUCAGUCACCAGUCAAUGUUCCUGCAGCAGCUGUGCUGCGCCCAAGUCAGCCGCGAUCGAGUACUGUACUUAAAUCUAACUAACCAUUAGGCCCUUGCCCUUGCCGGCCUACCCCAUCGACACCCCAUCUAUGUACUGUGUAUAUAACCCACUAGCUAGAAAAUGGCCCCGGAAGUGUCCUGUCCCCCAGACUAAUUGUAAUUGUAAGCCACCCAGAGCCGCGAUGGCCCAGAUCCAGAUCGUAUUGUAUUUCCGUGUGUACUUAAUGUUUGCUCCUAAUUAGUUGCCCUUGCGUUGCCUUUUUAGCCGUUUUGGUGUAACCAAAUCCAAUAAUCGCUCUUGCCUUGCCCGUCAGUGCGUAUAGCACCUUUUUUCGAUUCUUUUACCAUAUAUACUAUAUACGAUAUAUAUAUUUUCGAGAGAAAGUGUAAUACGCAGCAACCAACUACUGUGAUACGCAUAAUCAUGUCUAUAAGGACCUAUCUUCCACCCCCUUCUUUCCUGCCUUUGAAACGAAAAUCAACCGAAAAACUGAAAGUGUACUUAACUUAACUAUUGAAUUGAAAUUAAAACAAAAUUGCAAUCGUAGCCUUAAAUUGUAUUCAGUGUGCCAUUAGCUUUAGGGACUUCAUUCGAGUCGAAAAUCAAUGUCUUUUUGACGCAAAAUCAAUGGUUUAAACUUAAAUAUUUGAAACGUGUGUCCAACUAACAACUGCAAUCGCAAACGCAAACAUAAAUGUAUUUCGUACGUGUAUUUUUUUAUAUUUUUAAAUGUAACUUAUUUGCUAGCGAAUAAAGUAUCGAAAGUUAA